AUGUACUGUGAUCUCUUCCAUAAGGACACUCUUCUACUCAAAUCUGCUGAAGAAUCUGAUUUGGAAGGUGAAGGAGAGACUGCACUGUAUCUGGCUGUAAAGAAUAACCAUACAGAUAUUGUACGUCUUUUGAUUGAGAAUGGCUGUUCUGUUGAUAUUAAGAAUAAAGAUGGUGAUACUCCAUUGUCUAUAGCAUGUUACAAUGGUCAUGAUAAAGUAGUAAAAUUAUUGCUAGACCAUGGUGUUGAAGUGGAUGUUCCAGAUGAGUAUGGCAGAACACCCCUACAUGCUGCUUACUGGGGAGAUAAAGAUGACAUUGUCAAGCUAUUAACACAAUCUGGAGCCAGUAACUUAGAGGUGGUAAAAGUUGACACUCUUCUACUCAAAUCUGCUGAAGAAUCUGAUUUGGAAGGUGUUAGAAAAUCACUCACUAAACAAGCCAAUAUUAACAUUGCUAAUGAGGAAGGAGAGACUGCACUGUAUCUGGCUGUGAAGAAUAACCAUACAGAUGUUGUACGUCUUUUGAUUGAGAAUGGCUGUUCUGUUGAUAUUGAGGAUGAAGACGGGAUAACUCCAUUGUACAUAGCAUGUUACAGAGGUUAUAAUAAAAUAGUACAAUUAUUACUAGACCAUGGUGUUGAAGUGAAUGUUCCAGACAAGGACGGCAUAACUCCAUUGUUCAUAGCAUGUUACAAAGGUCAUAAUAAAGUAGUACAAUUAUUAUUAGACCAUGGUGUUCAAGUGGAUGUUCAGGACAAGGUCAGUGACAUAUCUCCAUUGUUCAUGGCAUGUCGCAAUGGUCAUAAUAAAGUAGUACAAUUAUUAUUAGACCAUGGUGCUCAAGUGGAUGUUCAAGACAAGGAUGGGAAAACUCCAUUGUCCAUGGCAUGUUUCAAUGGUCAUGAUAAAGUCGUACAAAUAUUAUUUAACCAUGGUGCUCAAGUGGAUGUUCAAGACAAGGACGGCAUAACUCCAUUGUUCAUAGCAUGUCUCAAUGGUCAUGAUAAAGUAGUACAAUUAUUAUUAGACCAUGGUUCUCAAGUGGAUUUUCAAGACAAGGACAGCAUAACUCCAUUGUUCAUGGCAUGUUACGAAGGUCAUAAUAAAGUAGUACAAUUAUUAUUAGACCGUGGUGUUCAAGUGGAUGUUCAAGACAAGGAUGGGAAAACUCCAUUGUUCAUGGCAUGUCUCAAUGGUCAUGAUAAAGUAGUACAAUUAUUAUUAGACCAUGGUGCUCAAGUGGAUGUUCAAGACAAGGACAGCAUAACUCCAUUGUUCAUGGCAUGUUACAAAGGUCAUAAUAAAGUAGUACAAUUAUUAUUAGACUGUGGUGUUCAAGUGGAUGUUCAAGACAAGGAUGGGAAAACUCCAUUGUUCAUGGCAUGUCUCAAUGGUCAUGAUAAAGUAGUACAAUUAUUAUUAGACCAUGGUGCUCAAGUGGAUGUUCAAGACAAGGAUGGGAAAACUCCAUUGUUAAUGGCAUGUCGCAAUGGUCAUGAUAAAGUAGUACAAUUAUUAUUAGACCAUGGUGCUCAAGUGGAUGUUCAAGACAAGGACGGCAUAACUCCAUUGUUCAUUGCAUGUUACAAAGGGCAUAAUAAAGUAGUACAAUUAUUAUUAGACCAUGGUGUUCAAGUGGAUGUUCAGCUCACGGAUUGGAAAACUCCAUUGUUCAUGGCAUGUCGCAAUGGUCAUGAUAAAGUAGUACAAUUAUUAUUAGACCAUGGUGCUCAAGUGGAUGUUCAAGACAAGGACGGCAUAACUCCAUUGUUCAUUGCAUGUUACAAAGGGCAUAAUAAAGUAGUACAAUUAUUAUUAGACCAUGGUGUUCAAGUGGAUGUUCAAGACAAGGACGGCAUAACUCCAUUGUUCAUUGCAUGUUACAAAGGUCAUAAUAAAGUAGUACAAUUAUUAUUAGACCAUGGUGUUCAAGUGGAUGUUCAAACAAGGUCAGGGAAAACUCCAUUGUUCAUGGCAUGUCUCAAUGGUCAUGAUAAAGUAGUACAAUUAUUAUUAGACCAUGGUGCUCAAGUGGAUGUUCAAGACAAGGAUGGGAAAACUCCAUUGUUCAUGGCAUGUCUCAAUGGUCAUGAUAAAGUAGUACAAUUAUUAUUAGACCAUGGUGCUCAAGUGGAUGUUCAAGACAAGGAUGGGAAAACUCCAUUGUUCAUUGCAUGUCUCAAUGGUCAUGAUAAAUUAGUACAAUUAUUAUUAGACCAUGACGCUCAAGUGGAUGUUCAAGAUAAGGAUGUCAAAACUCCAUUGUUCAUGGCAUGUCUCAAUGGUCAUGAUAAAGUAGUACAAUUAUUACUAGACCAUGGUGCUCAAGUGGAUGUUCAAGACAAGGUCAGUGGCAAAACUCCCUUUUUCAUAGCAUGUUACAAUGGUCACGAUAAAGUAGUACAAUUAUUAUUAGACAGAAAACAAACUGAUGGGAUAACUCCAAUUUUCAUAGCAUGUCACAAUGGUCAUAAUAAAGUAGUACAAUUAUUACUAGACCAUGGUGUUCAAGUGGAUGUUCCAAAUAAGGACGGGAUAACUCCAUUUUUCAUAGCAUGUCGCAAUGGUCAUGAUAAAGUAGUACAAUUAUUACUAGACCUUAGUGUUCAAGUGGAUGUUCCAAAUAAGCAUGACUCCAUUUUCAUAGCCUGUCAGAAUGGUCACGAUAAAUUAUUACAAUUAUUACUAGACCAUGGUGUUCAAGUGGAUGUUCCAGACAAGGACGGGAUAACUCCAAUUUUCAUAGCAUGUCGCAAUGGUCAUAAUAAAGUAGUACAAUUAUUACUAGACCACGGUGUUCAAGUGGAUGUUCCAAAUAAGGACGGGAUAACUCCAUUGUUCAUAGCAUGUUACAACGGUCAUCAUAAAGUAGUACAAUUAUUACUAGAUCAUGGUGUUCAAGUGGAUGUUCCUGACAAGGACACUCUUCUACUCAAAUCUGCUGAAAAAAAAGAUUUAGAAGAUGUGAGAGAAUCACUCUCUAAACAAGCCAAUAUUAACAUUGCUAAUGAGGAUGGAAUGACUGCACUUUAUGUGGCUGCUGAGAACAACCAUACAGAUAUCGCACUUCUUCUGAUUGAGCGUGGCUGUUCUGUUGAUGUUAAGAAUAAU